AUGGCUCAACAGAACGCACUAGCUGCUAAGCUUCAAAGCCACCCACUCGGCCGUGUGCUGGUGACCGGCGGUAGUGGAGGGCUGGCCAAUCAGAUUCUCAUGCUCCUCAGCUCCCGCCAAGUCACCUCGCAGCUUCACUCCGUGGACCUACGCGAGCCUGUAGAGCCGGUCAGCAAGGUGCAAUAUCACUGUGUUGACCUCACUAACGAAGGAUCGAUGCGGGAUCUACUCCGGAAAGUCAAGCCGACCGUGGUAAUACACUGUGCAAGCCCUAGAUACGACGCCUCGGUUGAGGCCAUGCAAAAGGUCAACAUCGAAGGAACGAGGGUGUUGGUCGAUGCCGCCGAAGAAUCAGGCGUGGCGGCUUUUGUCUAUACCAGCUCGGCUAGUGUCAUCAGCGACGGCAGAACGGACCUCAAAGGUGCAAAUGAGACGUAUCCCCUGGUGACUGGAGGUAAUCAGCCAGAAUUUUACGUCAGAACCAAGGUAUGCAUCUCGACCUAGCCGUACCCACGCUCCUGUGAUGAAUUCGUGCUGACAUUGACAUUCAAGGCGCUUGCCGAGACAUAUGUACUCUCUCGGAACCGACCCGCGGACCAUCCAAGCUUCGUCACCUGUGCUCUUCGACCCUCUGGCAUAUUCGGUGUCGGAGACUCGUGGGUUCUGCCUGGCAUACUCGAAGCAUACGACCGCGGUCAGACCAAAGUUCAGCUCGGUGACAACAAUAAUCUCUUCGAAUUCACCGAAAACACAAAUGUAGCUCACGCACACCAUCUCGCGGCUGCUGCGCUACUGCAGCAAUCCAGCGCUUCCAUGGACCCAUCCAAGGAAAUGCGAGUAGACGGAGAAGCCUUCUUCAUCACCAACGACGAACCUAUUCCAUUCUGGGACUUCACACGGCUGGCGUGGAAGUAUGCCGGCGACAAGACCCAGCCUCAGGAAAUUUGGAUUAUCUCCAGGACUUGGGCGAUGGUGAUUGCCGGUUUGCUGGAGUGGAUCUGUUGGUUGUUGAGACUGGGUGAUCCUCCUUUGACGAGACAGAAGGUCAGACUAAGUUGUAUGACAAGGUACUACUCUGUGGAGAAGGCGAAGCAUAGGCUUGGGUACCGGCCGCUGAUCGGGGUGAGGGAAGGAUUGCGGAGGGGAAUAGAGAAUUGUUUGAAGAGGAGUGAGGAUGCAGGAAGGAAGAAGUCUAUCGGGGAUGCUGCUGGCGAUUGA